CUGGAUGGGAGUUUUCUUGAAAUACUGAGAUAAGAUGGAAAAAUGGCGUUAAAGAGAUACAUAGAGAUUGAUGUUUUGACUUUUUCUACAGUCAAAACUGACAAAUCUUUAGCCAACAACAGUUUGUGAGAAAUGUGAAUCUUGAUUGUCGAUUCUUCUGUAAAUUCAUUAUCCACUGAUGGGUGUUUGUUUCAGUUCUGAGUAUGAUGAACAACAUCAUGCUUUCCAGACCAAGAAAGGUGAAAUUGGACCACAUCUAACCAAAGAAAGAUGUACAUCCCUGAUCAAACCAAGCAACAUGGAGUUACCUCAUACAGCAAGUCCUAGAUAUGCAAUGGUGAUCACCAAAGAUGUUAAAGAUCUUCGGGAGAAUCCUGGAUACAGUAAUCUUGAUAUCUUUACGUACGAAGAGAUGCGAAUUGCCACCAAUCUGUUUCGACCAUAUCAAGUUUUAGGUCAAGGUGGUUUUGGGAUCGUUUAUAAAGGUGUUAUAGAUGAGAAUGUGAGACCUGGUUAUUCCAAAAUACAAGUUGCCAUUAAGGAGCUUGAUCCAGAAGGAAUCCAAGGUGAUGGGGAAUGGCUGGCUGAAGUCAACUAUUUAGGACAGCUGCAACACACUAAUGUAGUGAAGCUUAUCGGUUACUGCUGUGAGGAAGAUCACCGCCUUUUAGUGUACGAGUAUAUGGCAUUUGGCAGCCUGGAAAAUCACCUUUUUCGGCGAGUAUCUGCUACACUAACGUGGUCGAAGAGAAUGAAGAUAGCUUUGGAUGCUGCAAAAGGGCUUGCUUUUCUUCAUGAUGCAGAAAGGCCUGUUAUCUAUCGAGAUUUCAAAACAUCAAAUAUCUUGUUAGAUGCGGACUUCAAUGCAAAAUUGUCGGAUUUUGGGCUUGCGAAGAAUGGGCCGAUUGGAGAACAAACUCAUGUAACGACGCGAGUUAUGGGCACUUACGGAUAUGCAGCUCCCGAGUAUAUCAUGACGGGACACUUGACAGCUAGAAGUGAUAUAUAUGGCUUUGGAGUGGUGCUUCUUGAGAUGUUGAUUGGGAGAAAAGCCAUGGACAACAGCAAGCCUAGCCAUGAGCACAACCUGGUCGAUUGGGCUAGACCGCUCCUAAUCCACGAAAAGAAACUUUUGAGAAUACUCGAGCCUAAAAUGGAAGGUCAAUACUCAUCCAAGAUCGCUCUCAAAGUUGCCAAUUUGGCUCACCAAUGUAUUAGCCAAAACCCAAAAGGUAGGCCAGAUGUAGGCCAUAUUGUUCAAGUACUUGAAUCUCUUCAGACCAACUAGGUUGGUCUGAAAGAGGCUCGUGUUCAGACUUGAUGAACACAAAGAACAAUGAAAACAAGCUCCCGAAGGGGACUUGGUAAAAGCAGGAGUUGUUAAGAGAUGAACUCAAGUUUAUGCAUGCUUUGUUGAUCUGGUUAGUGGAAGUUUUCUACC